CUUGUACCCGUUUUUCUUGAUACUUGAUUAUACUGGUUGAUAUGCUAUAACUUUAAUUAAAGGCUAUCCAUAUUUACUUAUUGAGUUAUCUUACAUAAUUUUUCCUCGUCCACCAUUUUAGGUAGUGAGACGGAGAUGUGGGAACUAAGGGGAGUGACGAGCUAGAAGUUAUAAAUUUAGCAAGUUCUGAGCCUUAUGCAUUUGUGGGAUCCUCUCACAAGGGUACAGUGUCUAUUUUGCUCUCGAUUUUGGGGCGUGACAAUGGGUGAACACCUCACUACAGAACCAAUCAAGACCGGGAAAAUUAAGGGGAAAAUUAAGGAUUUUGGGUUGCUUUUCAAGUUGGUUGAGAAAGAAAAUAGGGAAGAACCGGAGAAAAUAAAGGGGAGCAAGGACAACUUACUUGAAAAUGUAGCUUUAUAGAUUUGGAACAAGUAGACCGAAUUGCCCAAGAUCCAAAUCUUCAAGCUCCUUGUGCUGGUCUUUAGUGGCAAUAAGUGAACACUCUUCUUCAUAGCAGUUGAUUGGGAAACUGAAGAGGAAAAUUAGGGAUUUUGGGUUGCUUUUCAGGUUGGUUGAGAAAGAAGAAGGGGAAGAACCAAAUAAGAUGGGGAAGAACUGAUGAAGAAAAGGAACUAAAGAAGAUGGGGAAAAACCGAACAAGAUGGGAAAUGAGAAUUAGGGAUUUUCGGUUUGCUUCUCAGAUUGGAUGAGGAAGAAGACAGACAAGAAAACAGGGAAGAAAGAUGGGGAAGAAACAUAGGGAAUGAUUCUGGGUUGCUUGACAACGAAAUGGGAAUGGUGGUUGAUGUUAUAAAUGGAACCUUAUACAGUGGUUUCUCUGUAAAUAAAAGGAAAUGUGAGGAUAAAAUAAGGAUAAUGUGUGGAUAAAAUAGGGAUAAUGUG